CCGAAAUUUUGCGGUUUGUUGUCCAGAAUUUAAUCGAUGUCGAGGUGAAGUUUUCAACAGCCGUAGCUGGACAGAUUCCAAGGGAAGAAAUGAAUGCAUCUGCAAGUCAUUAAAACCUUUAACCGCAUGGGGAUGGUAGCAAGGUGAUGAACCGGUAGAAGAAAGACAACGUGUUCUCGCUUUGCGUCCUUAUUACUUGCUUUGUUUUAUAUCUUGGUAGGAGCAGCCCCCGAAAAGAGCGGCCUACAGAAGGCCCGAGCCAAGCCGACCCGCCAGCUGUCGCUCAAGUCACCCGAGGAGACUUGUCCACCGAUCUUCCAGAGGCAUAUCGGCGACAAGCGGGUCAAAGAAGGCGAGUGUUUUAGCCUGGAAUGUGCUGUACUGGGACACCCGAAACCCGCCGUUAAAUGGUUCCAUAAUGGGCUCAGGAUAACAGAGAGCAUCGGAGAACGAGAUAUCCAAACCAGAGGCAAAAAACACACCUUAACUAUCCCCAGUGCCUUGCCCGAGGAUAAAGGCUUAUACAUCGUUAGGGCUGUUAACACUGGAGGAGUGGUCCAUUGUGGAGCUGAUGUCAUAGUAGAAGAGAAGUCACCGGAGGAAAUUGAGACCGAAGAGACAGAGAUACCUGAAGAGGAGAGUGCGACAAACAAAGGAGACAUCGUGAUCACACCCACCACCGGGCAAAGUUCAAACAAGACCAUGGCUGCGACUAAAUCAGACAAGAUGCAACCACCAUGGGCAAAGAAUAACAGUAAGCCAGCCGUCCCUACACCAGUAAAGAAACCAGAGAGGCAUAAGAUUCGUCAUGGCGACAGCGGAGUUUACUCCAUGGAGAUGGAUGAUGAUGUUCCUAUAGGAGAAGGGAAACAAAAGGAAGAAAGCAAAAUGAAAGAAAAGAAGCCCGCCCCUAAGGUGAACACUUCACCAGCAUCGUUCCUCUCCCAGGUGAGAGAUGUGAUGAUCAAAGAAGGAAAUGAGGUCCGGUUUGCUUGCCACAUCUCAGGAGAACCCAAACCAACGGUCAAAUGGUUCCACAAUAGCAAGAGAAUUCACUCCACACAUGAUCCUAGGAUAGUAGAGGACGGCUUCACCACUACCCUCACCAUCUUCUCUGCUCAGCUGACCGACCUUGGAGAGUAUUCCUGCGAGAUCUACAAUGGAAACGGAGAGAAGCAGACCAGCUCCGCCAAGCUCACCGUCCAACCAGAGAGGAAGAAGUCCUCAGGUCGGCCUCCAGAAUUCAUUGAUUUCUUCAAGGACCUGUCAGUCUGUGAAGGUCAGGAUGUAAACCUGGUCUGUAAGGUUCGAGGGACACCUACCCCCAAGGUCAUAUGGCUCUACAAUCAUCGCCCUAUCCAUGAGAGCGGUGACUUCAAAUUCUACCAUGAGAGUUUCAGUCACCGACUCCAUAUCGUGGAGGUCCUUCCCGAAGACGAGGGGGUGUACUCUUGCAAAGCCAUUAAUUCCCUUGGGGAGAAGCAGAUCAGUGCUGAACUCUUUGUCGAGGAGCAAACCCAGGGGGUGGAAAGCAACAAAGGGCCGCAUACUUCUGCACGCCCUUCGUUCCUUAUACAUGUGGAAGAUGCAAAAUGCUGGGAGGGGAAAGGCGUCACGUUUGACUGCAAGCUGACGGGGUUACCGGAGCCAGAGAUUCAGUGGUACCAUGAUGGCAAAGAGAUCGAAGCCUCCAACCAAGGCCACUAUAUCAUUGACAGAGGAAACAACGGGAACUGCAUGUUGAUCAUCCCACAUGCUACAGUGUCUGAUGCAGGAGAGUAUGCAUGUGUAGCAAAGAGCACCAUUGGAACAGCUCACAGCAUUGCUGAACUGGUAGUCAUUGAAGGUAACGAAGCUCGGACAUCGGUACAUAGAGGGAAUAAAGGAAAGGAAGGCAAAUACAUUGAACAGUUUGGAAUCUCACCAACUCAUGGUGGAUGGAUUGGUAGUAAGCCCCGUAUCUCUGACAUCCAUCAGACCGGUAUCACCUUAACGUGGGGUGCUGCACCUGUCAAGAAGUCCCGCACUCAGCUCAAUUACAUCCUAGAAGCCAAAGACACCUACAGCAAGCAGUGGACACUCAUCGCUACCGAUAUCCUUGAUACCAAGUUCUGUGUAGAGGAGAUGGACCAGAAAGGUGCCUACAUGUUUCGGGUGCGUGCUGAGAGCGAGAGUGGGAUCAGCGAACCGGGAGAGGAGUCGGAUCUCAUCAAGCUCAAGGAUGUGGGCAAUAAGGCGAGACAUGCGCCUUCACAGUCCAACAGCACAGCAAACAAAGGAAACCAGCCCCUGUUUGUGAAGACCACUGAGGAGGUCUUCGCUGUGAAGGAUGGCAAAGCGACCCUCUCCUGUACCCUGUCUGGUGACCCAAAACCCAAGGUGGUCUGGAUGCGGGAGGAAGAGAUCCUCAAGAACUCAGACAACCUCAAGGUCUCCUCUCAAGCUAAUGGAGUCUGCUCGCUAGACAUCGUAAAGGUCACUAGUAGUGAGAUAGGGGAGUACAGGUGUAUAGCUACCAAUGAACACGGAGAGGCUAGUUGUAGACUCUAUCUUGAUGUCGCAGAGCCCCCUCAUUUUGUUGAGACCUAUAAAGACACGGAGGGAACGAUCGGUCAGUCCAUUCGGCUGGAAUGCAGUAUAGACGGUAUACCAGAGCCAGAGGUCAUCUGGUCUAAGGAUGGCAAAGUCAUCGAAGACUUUGAGAGGUAUCAGUUCUUCUAUGAAGGAGAAGAGGGCUUCGCGCUGGAGAUCAACAACUUUGACAAAGAGGAUUGCGGAGUCUAUACGCUGGAAGCAUCAAACAUAGCUGGCAGUGUCUCGCAUUCAGCUGAAAUCUAUGUCACAUCUGGACCUGAUGGAUAUAGGAGAGUCUUUAUCAAGAAAGACAUACACGUUGAAGAUGAAUAUGAACUCCUCACUGAGCUUGGAAGAGGAGCCUAUGGAGUUGUUCACAAAGGUAUCUCUAAAGCAGACGGUAGCGAGUGUGCCGUCAAGACGAUCCGUGUCAAGGCAGGCAUGUGGGAAGAGGUCCGGAAUGAGAUAGCUGUGAUGGGUAUCUUAGAUCAUAAGAGACUCAUCAAGCUCUUUGAUGCCUAUGAGACCAAGAGAGAAGUUGUCAUGGCGAUGGAGAUUUUGACGGGAGGAGAGUUGUUUGAACGUAUCGUCCAGAGAGAUUCUUUCUCAGAGAGUGAAGCUGUUGGUUUCCUCAAGCAGCUCAUCGAUGGUCUCAUCUACAUGCACGAUAGGAAUGUCGUCCAUCUAGAUCUGAAGCCUGAGAACAUUCUCUUGGUGGCCCCAGAGUCUGAUGACAUCAAACUGAUUGAUUUUGGUCUAGCAGCUGUGUUGAAGGAAGGAGAGGAUAUCACAUGUAAGUUUGGUACCCCAGAGUUUGUGGCUCCUGAGGUCGUCAACAAGCAACCUGUAUCCACUGGAGCAGAUGUAUGGGGCGUUGGUGUCAUUGCAUUUAUUCUACUAAGUGGUAUAUCUCCGUUUGCUGGUGAAGAUGACCGUCAGACCCUUCUCAAUGUCCGAGGUGGUCAGUGGGACUUUGAUGAUGAGGUUUGGGAUGACAUCUCAGAUGAAGCUCAGGAUUUUAUCUGGCUCUUGUUUGAAAUGAAUGCAGAUAAGAGGCCAGGACUAAAAGAAGUAUCAGAGCAUCCAUGGUUGAAGUUUGAUGAGCGUCAGGACCUGGGUGCUAAGAUCAGCUUGGACAGAUUGAGGACAUUCAAUUCUAGGAGGAAGUGGAGGAAAGCCUUGACAGCAGUGAAAUCAGCGAUGAGACUUCGUCGCCUCUCCAGUCUUGGUAGUAACCUGAGGAAAGCAGCCUUAGAACACACCGCUGGCGAGCAAGCGUCACCAUCCUCGUCUCCCGUUACCCCGGAUACCGCAUCAUCCACCGGCAGCGACGUCUUCAGCGAGAACAACACUACCAAGUACGGCAACCUGUUAUCCCCGACGAGCUGCGAGACCAUCGUAGAGAGCAUCAACGAAGAGGGAGCGGUCGGCGGAGCAGGGAGCGAGACAGUCGUCGUGGAUCAAGCUCCCGUGUUCGAACUCGAGCUCAAAGACCAGAUCAUCAUGGAGAUGAGUCAGCUGAAGUUGACCUGUAAGGUGAACGCCCAUCCCAAGCCCACGAUGACCUGGUACCAUGCUAACACCAAACUGACCAAGGCUUCUGGAGGUAGCCGAGGCGUUCAGAUUGGACUGGAGAAGGGCAAGGCUUUUCUCACCAUACCUAAGAUUGGCAAGAGAGAUGGAGGGCAGUAUAAGUGUGUUGCUACUAACAAAGCAGGGACAGCCGAGUCUGUUGCUAAUCUCACGGUAGCUGCCGUACCGGAGGCUCCAUCUCGUCCUAAAAUCCCACUGGUGUCGGCCCACGAAGCUUUCGUCUCCUGGAAAAUGAACCAUCCACCCAAGAAAGAUGAUUUAGAAGGAUAUCUACUACAAUGCAGGAAAGCAGGUGACAAGCAAUGGCUUGAAGUAUCUGAUGUAAUCAAAGACUGUAACUUUCACGUAAAGUCGCUGACCCCUGAAAAUGAGUAUCGUUUCCGAGUGGCUUGCCGAACCCCUCAUGGAUGCGGUCCCUUCAGCAAGUCUUCUGUGCAAUUCAAAACACUACCAGAAGGAGCGCAUGCUUUGAACAUGGAAUCCAUCACGAAGCUACAGCAUUCAAGAACGAGAUCGUUGUCGAGAGAAAGACAUAACUCACGUGAUGAGGUCCUGUCCGAGCUCAUCGAUGACGAGGAUCUCGGGCCACUGGAUCUAUCUCUUAAAACAUCGGUGAUGCCUCAAAAGAUCUAUGAGAUGCAGGAAGAAAUUGGAAGAGGAAGAUACUCGGUGGUAAUGAGAUGCAGGAAGGUGGCGACCUGCAAGGAAUAUGCGGUCAAGAUCCUAGCACACACCAAGAAGACACAAGAUAAAUGUCUGGCUGAGUAUGAGCUUCUAAAAGAGCUCUCUCAUCCACACAUCCUGCAGCUACGAGAAGCCUUCCUGACAAACAGACACGUCAUGCUGGUCACAGAGCGCUACUAUGGAGGCACAGUACUCAAGUAUCUGACCAAGGAAGAUACCUACACCGAGUCUACAGUGGUCAGAAUAGUUGCUCAGGUUUUAGACGCACUUGAACAUCUUCACAUGAUGAACGUAGUCUAUCUCGACCUCCGACACGACAACCUUCUCAUGGAGAGCCGAAGGAAGGACGUCGUUCGUCUUAUCGACUUCGGGUCAUGUAGGGUCAUCCAAAAAGAUGGCGAAAGCAAGACGAAGGGCAUCGAUGUACUACCCGAAUUCAUGGCUCCUGAGCUAGCUGUCAAGGGAGGAUCGAUAGACUAUGAAACAGACAUAUGGCCAUUAGGAGUUAUGGUGUUUACAUGGCUGAGUGGAACAUCACCGUUCUUGGGUCGCAAUCAAGAGAAGACAAUCUACAACAUCACCAGGAUGAAAUAUAAUAUAUCCAGUCUCUACCCGAACGCGAGUCCUGAAGCCAAGGCUUUCCUCCAAGCUAUCUUCAAAGAAAAACCAAUUGACCGGCCAACUGUGGCAGACUGUCUGGAGCACAGCUGGGUGAAGAGUAUCAACAAACCAGGUUCGGCCCAGUCCCGGUCGUUCCCUGUUACCAAGCUAGCUAACUACAGGACUCAGUACCUGACUCGUAUCCUACAGAACAACACGCUGGAUAGUGUAUCGUUGAGGACGUAUGGUAGCGAAGAGUCUGAUGACUCAUAAUGGUAACUCUACCAUCUACAUUCAAUUGAUUUAUGUAACAUAAGAUUUGACUUCUUAGGAUUUAUCAACCAUGACGAGUACUCAUUUGUGUGAAUAUAUAUUUAUCAGUGUUUGAGAUGUUAAGAUGAUGCUAUUUUAAAGGGAAAUACUUUUUAACGUUGUGCCGUGUUCUGAUGAGGUCUUUGACCUCCUGAAGUGCAAUGUAACUGAUUUUUUGUUGCACGCAUAGCCUUUUCAGAAAUCCUCAUUAUUGAGAUUUUCUCAAACGAGAUCAUUCGGAUAGUAUGACAUCAAGUAAAUUUUAAAAACGAAGUUUGGUGCUGUCAUUGGAAAUUUCAUCCUUUUAACAGUUUUAGGACUUUUUAUAUUUAGGAUAAGGUCAUGCCGUUCUCUAUUGAAAAUAAUAAAAUAGAUACUGCAGUCAUGUGAAAUGGAAUAGACAGGUCUGCUUGUAAAUUCAAAUGGUUCUCGGAGUUGUAUCCCAAUUUGUUCACUGUUGGAAAAUAAGAUAUUUUCUCCAUGAAAGGGCCAGAGAACAGAAUCCGUUAUGUAACAAGUAGAAAAUCCCCGAGGGGAGUGUUUUGAUACCAAUUUUCUGCAUUUCAACCAUUGGUUACUAAGCAUGCCGAGUAGCCUCAAUGAAAUAAUCAAAAUGCGGAAAUAUCACAAGUUGCUACAAAUAUAGUGACAGUGCAAAACAUUGAAGAUAUAGAUAGAUAGAUGAAUGAUAUCCGAUGGUAUGUCCAUUGGAAGAUUCAUUCUACUUGUCAGGUUUCAUUACAGUGACUUUGGGGACAUUGUGCGUAAUCUGCCCCCUGCUCCCUUCUUCCAUGGAUGUAACAAUCAUCAAAGUGACCCAAUCCCUCUGGUAUGAAGCCAGUUUGUGGUCUAUAGACACAAAGGUAUCUCAUAAUCUAAUUGUCUAGUAUAGGUUAUGAUUACUGAUUAAUAGUAAUAAUACCCAUAUAGUCCGCUUUUGAAUAGCAUAUGUUACGUGGUGUUAUAACAAAAGCGUCCUUGGGCCUUUUCAAAGGGCUUUCAAAAAACAACACGGGUUACGCUCCGACAACCGUUAUCGUGUUUCCACAAGAACCAUCUAUACUUGCACCCUGCACUUCAUAUUUGGCAUUAUAUGCUUUGCCAAGGUCUUUCCUUUCAUUCAUCCGUCAUGCGUUGCAGUUUAAAGUGAUAUACUGAACUCUGAGAGACCUAGAUACGGGCAUUGUCUGUCACUUAUUUGUCAUGCUUUUUCAUAAUCUCUUUCAAUGCAGACGUUCAUAUGUAUAUUCAUGUAGGGCAGUAUUUUCUUUCAUAUGUCGCCAACACUUUCAUUUCAAGCAAGACACGAUUGUGGUUUUAAUUUAAAAAAAACUAAAAAAUAUCUUGUUCCUGUAUCUGUAGUAAGAGAAUAUUUUUGUAAAUCUUCUGUUACUUUAUGCUGACUAGGUUAUGUCGAGCAAGCUAAUUGAUAGAACGUGUAUGUCAAUUAAGAUACACAAGUGAUAUUAUAUACGGAAUGAAUUGAACUAUUAUAAUUGGAAGUAAAACGCUAGAUUUAAGUUUAGUUUUUGUACCGUCAGUUUUUCUUUAUUAAUAUGGAUAGUGUGAUAACUAUAUGCCUUCAAAGUAAUUGUAAGACUAACAUGUGUAUAUUGUGGGAAUAAUCUAAAAGAUGAAUAACUUUUACCUAAAACAAAUCCUUACUGUAUCAUCAAAAGAAAAUCAAAAGAAAAAA